AUGGCCUCCGGUAGCAGUGGGCUCGCAGCCGCCCGCCUCCUGUCGCGUUCCUUCCUCUUGCAACAGAAUGGAAUUCGGCAUUGUGCCUAUCUAGCUUCCCGGAAACAUCUCUACGUUGAUAAAAAUACAAAGGUUAUUUGUCAGGGUUUCACUGGUAAGCAGGGCACCUUUCACAGCCAGCAGGCAUUGGAGUAUGGCACCAAACUCGUGGGAGGAACCACUCCAGGGAAAGGAGGCAAGAUGCACCUGGGCUUACCGGUCUUUAAUACUGUAAAGGAGGCCAAAGCACAGACAGGAGCCACAGCUUCUGUCAUAUAUGUCCCUCCUCCGUUCGCCGCUGCUGCCAUUGACGAGGCUAUUGAGGCGGAAAUGCCCUUGGUCGUGUGCAUCACUGAAGGUAUCCCACAGCAGGACAUGGUACGGGUCAAACACAAAAUACUGCGCCAGGGAAAGACAAGGCUGAUCGGGCCAAACUGCCCCGGAGUCAUCAAUCCUGGAGAAUGUAAAAUUGGUAUCAUGCCUGGCCAUAUUCACAAGAAAGGAAGAAUUGGUAUUGUGUCCAGAUCUGGCACCCUGACUUAUGAAGCAGUUCACCAAACAACACAAGUUGGACUGGGGCAGUCUUUGUGCAUUGGCAUUGGAGGUGAUCCUUUUAAUGGAACAGAUUUUAUUGACUGCCUGGAAGUCUUUCUGAAUGACCCAGCCACAGAAGGCAUCAUCCUGAUUGGUGAAAUUGGUGGUAAUGCAGAAGAAAACGCUGCGGAAUUUUUGAAGCAACAUAACUCAGGCCCCAAAGCCAAGCCUGUGGUGUCCUUCAUUGCUGGCUUAACGGCUCCUCCCGGCAGGAGAAUGGGUCAUGCCGGCGCCAUUAUUGCUGGAGGAAAAGGUGGCGCGAAGGAGAAGAUCUCUGCCCUUCAGAGUGCGGGGGUCGUGGUCAGCAUGUCGCCUGCGCAGCUGGGAAACACCAUCUACAAGGAGUUUGAAAAGCGGAAGAUGCUGUGA